CCGGGCCGCGAGGGAGGGACGAGAACUUUCGGCGGCCGCGGGCGGACUGUGCCUCAGCCCCCGGAGCCGGCAGCGCCCCGCGAGCAGCGGCGACACCGCGGCCAUGACCCACUUCAACAAGGGGCCUUCCUACGGGCUCUCUGCCGAGGUCAAGAACAAGAUUGCCCUGAAGUAUGACCCUCAGAUAGAAGAAGAUCUGCGGAACUGGAUAGAAGAGGUGACUGGGCUGAGCAUUGGUGCAAACUUUCAACUGGGAUUAAAAGAUGGCAUCAUCUUAUGCGAGCUUAUAAAUAAGCUGCAGCCAGGAUCAGUGAAGAAAAUUAAUCAAUCAAAACUAAAUUGGCACCAGCUGGAGAACAUUGGGAAUUUUAUCAAAGCCAUCCAAGUCUACGGCAUGAAGCCACAUGAUAUUUUUGAAGCAAAUGAUCUUUUUGAAAAUGGAAAUAUGACUCAAGUACAGACUACUUUGGUGGCACUAGCAGGUUUGGCAAAAACUAAAGGUUUUCAUACUACAAUUGAUAUUGGUGUCAAAUAUGCAGAGAAACAAGCACGAAGUUUUGAUGCAGGAAAACUAAAGGCUGGGCAGAGUGUAAUUGGCCUGCAGAUGGGCACGAACAAGUGUGCCAGCCAGGCAGGCAUGACUGCUUAUGGAACUAGAAGACACCUCUAUGAUCCAAAAAUGCAAACUGAUAAGCCCUUUGACCAGACAACAAUUAGCCUACAGAUGGGCACUAACAAAGGAGCCAGUCAGGCUGGUAUGCUGGCGCCAGGUACCAGGAGAGACAUCUACGAUCAGAAGCACAUAUUGCAACCUGUGGAUAAUGCAACCAUUUCAUUACAAAUGGGUACCAACAAAGUGGCUUCACAGAAGGGAAUGAGUGUGUAUGGGCUUGGACGGCAAGUGUAUGACCCCAAGUACUGUGCUGCACCAACAGAGCCCGUCAUUCAUAACGGCAGCCAAGGAACAGGAACGAACGGGUCAGAAAUCAGCGAUAGCGAUUAUCAGGCAGAAUACCCAGAUGACUAUCACGGAGAGUACCAGGAUGACUAUCAAAGAGAUUACCAUGGUCAGUACAGCGACCAGGGCAUUGAUUAUUAGCUUGGCAUCAGAAGUUCAGUAUUAGUCCUUUAUUUUAUUCAGUAAGAACGAAACUAGCCUUGUGGAAUUGUUACCUGUCUUUUCCUACACACUAUACUUUAAUGUACCUGAAGAAAUACUGCCUUACAUACAUUCCUGUUUCCUUUCUCUGCCCUUUCCCUGUCUAGUUGCCUUUAGUGCUGUAACAGUUAUAGGCUACAGCAUAAACAGUAACUGCAUAUGAAGUAAAAGGAAUACUGUGAAAGGGGGAGUGCUCUUGUACAGCCAGGUUGUCUAAUAAGGAGCUAUGCAUUUUUACAAUCUCUACUCAAACAGGUAUUUACCUACCACAAUAAGCCUUCAUUUGACAUAUUUACAGCUUUUCUAUUUUCCAGAUGAGAGAAAAGAAUUCCAUGCUUAGAGUUAAAUGUGGUCUUUGCCAAUUAAAUCUAAGACAUCACAUUAGUGAUUUUAAUAUCAUUACUAUGUUUCUUAGGUAUUGUUUGCUAAUGGUAAGUCCUGCAUUAGACAUAAGCGUGCAUUUGUGAUUGUGUAUUCAUUCCAUUAUCAACACUGACCAAACUUAGAAAUAGUUGUCUUACUAAAAAGGGAGCUUGUACAAAGUCUUGAGCCAACAAAAGUCCCAUGAUUGAUGGUGCACUUACCUUUUAUUGUGCCAUAAUAUAUCCAUGUAGAAAUGCUUUUUCUUCCUUGAACUGUAUUUAUUGCCACACUUCUCAAACUGAUUCCAGUGUAUUUUUAUAAAUAAAUAUUUUUUUCUUAAAGGUA